AUGCAGCAGAUGCAGCCGUAUGGCAAUCGUAGAUGGGAAGGAGGUCGAGACGAUGUUUCAUUUGAAGAUUCUGAACGGUUUGAAGAAGACUCCCAAGGGUCUCUAGACGACUCACUUGAUGAAAACCAGCACAAUUGGCGUGGAUGGGCUGACUGUAAUACUGUUGGAGAAGCCAUCCAACCCGGUCUCUCGUGCGUCGUUUACCAAUAUCACAAUGCUUCCGGACGGUUUUCGUCGGCUUCUACACGAACAGUGGUGGCAGGAGGAGACCCAAAUAAUCCAUUGGCUCAUCAUCCAAUGAUGCUUCGAGGAGAUAAUCCAACAGGAAUUCUUCUGACCCUCUCCGAGAUCGCAGCGAAAAUUUGUGCAGAGAAGUGGUCGUUUCAACAGUUAGAAGAUAUGUACAGACACAUUUGUGAAACAAGAGCUAUGCAAAUGGAACAACCGCCACCAAUCGGACCAAUCCCUGAGAAGAUUUUUGUGUCAUUCAUAGUUCAUUGCUUUCCACAAUCCACAGAUGAGAUUCGAAUGUACAGCUGCCUCGCAAACGGCUCGGCUGAUCAAUAUGAGUACGGAAAGAUGUUGUACCACUGGGGAAAUGUUCGCGAUGUCUCACAAACUGGUUUCCUGCUCAGUGGAGAUAUCUACAGUGUUCCACAAGAUAACACGAAUGUAUUCGGGGAAAAGGAGAAAGAAAUUUAUCAUGUGACAGUCAAAGUAGACAGAUGUCGUAUCGUGGAGUGCACUUGUGAAUGCUCGAUCCGGUCUAGCUGGUGUAAACAUGUGGUUGCAUUAUGCAUUUAUCGGAUAUCAGAGAGAAGUCAGAUCAAGUUUAAAGAGACAAUAGCAGACGCGAUCAACUCAAUGAGUGACAAAGAUCUUCGAAAGCUGGUCCAGUGGCACAUCAACGAUAUCCCCAGAAAGUGUAUUCCUGGAUUCCAAAAAUUGAUUGACCAAAUAAAGGACAAGACUUCGAUGAUCAACCUUCUUCCUGGAGCUCCGGAUCCAACAGAUGGAGGUCACGAGCCAAUUUCGCGAUACGAUUUUCCAGAAAUCGAGAGCAAAAUCCGCCGGUUACUAAUCAAGUAUUGCGUGCCAGCGCCUGCGGUUCAUUGUGAUGUACAGUAUCUUGCAACAAGUCAACACCCGACGCAUGUGGAAUGGACUUCAAGAAUCAAGCCGUUACGAUGUAGAGAGCCAGAAGGGCUCUGGAAUCUGCUGCAGAUGGUUCGAGAGAUGUUCGCAAGAAAUGACGACAACUCGGUAGCCCUGUUGAGAACUGUCACUGACGAAUGCUUAUCAAACAGUCAAGUUCUCCUCUGGUGGUACAUUACCAAGCUCACACACUCUGCGAAUUGGACUCAAACGACUUGUUUCAAAGCCCCGGACUGUCAAUUCAUGGCUCAAAUUCAUUGUGCUCAACUAUGCGAUGAGCUUGUUAUGCUGUGGCGACUGGCUGCAAUGAAUCCGAGAGCUGGAAAAGAGUACAGAUCGCAGUUGGCAGCAUAUCUUCAAGCAUACCAUCAAACUGCUGUAACACGAUUGAAGAAUAUGAUCACAGCGGCACCUCCAAUUACAAACGAAGCCAUACCGACAAAGGACCUGACUGUUCUCAGCAAUCACAAAACGGCAAGUAUCCUGCAGACAAUAAUGAAUGCUGACAUCAGAUAUCCGUUAUCAGCGAUGAACAUGAGAUUCAAUUUGAACUGUUUCCCCGGGUUCCAUCCAGCGAUUCAAAUGUGUCACUUUAUGAACGAACAGAACAUCCGGUUUGGCGUUGCCGAAGACGCCAUCUUCAGUGUGCCUGAGCCCAAUCUCACUGUCGUCUACAAAAUGGUACCGGUUCUUCGUGAGAAGACUCUGAAGAAGAAAAAAAAGAAGAAGAGGCAACAGACGGUAACGCGGAAAAGAACAGAAGACGAACCAGUCAGACCGGAAGAGUUCAGAGGUGUCGACGGAGUUUGGAGAGUUGUCGAAGAAGGACAAGAAACAAAACCUCCACUGAAUGACAGUACGGAAUCAGGACAGGAAAGUGAUGUGCAAAGAGGCAAUUCGGUAUUGAGCAAGAAAAGGAAAGGAGAUUUCGUGGAGAUGGAUGUCAAUGAAGUUCUCGCUGCGGCUUUCACCCCACUCGAUACUCUCGAAGCCAAGUUUUUGCGAGUUGAGGCUUAUGGAACUCAUGGAUAUAGAGCUGAUGCCGUGGAGCAUUCAUUGAAAGUCAUCGAGUAUUUGAUUGACAGUUUUUCGGAACAAGCAGCUGAGUUCCGGAAGUUCGAUGACGACGAAGGGCCGAGUACGUCGAAACAGUCAACGUCUUCAUCAUCAUCUUCAAAUGUUUCUGAUGAGGUUACGGGAGCGGAUAGAGAAGAAGAGGUGACGAGAGGAGCUCGAUUCUUGGCUACAAUGGAGAAAAUUCUGUAUAUCACAAAGGUUCUCAAGGAUAGUCCAAACCUUCAACAUACUGUUUUUGAUGUAUGCAUGCGGACGUUGGAAAUCACCAAAUGGCCACUGUAUACUCAAACUCAUCAAAUGAUGUACACCUAUCUGGAGACUGAGUUCGUCGCAAUUCUGGAGCAAUUAUGGCAGUCUGUUCAAAUGACAGCUUCUCACGUGCAUCGAGUUCGGUCGAGAGCGGAGAAAAUUAUUGAGAUGGACGCCGGAAACAACGGCGAACUUCCUCCAAUCGCCUUCACCAAGUUCUUGUUCCUGGCUCUCUAUUGGACUGAAUCCCUCAGCAGCUCGCGAGUGCCUCCUCAAAACGCUACAACUGUUUCGCCAGCCCUGCAGGCCAAUCGACGUCUUCUAAUAUCAUCCGACUCCGAUUUGGCGCUACACAUCUCACUGCACAUUAUUGGCUGUCGGCCUUUGUUCACUGAAAGAUAUCAUUUGCACUGGGAAACUGUACGAAGAGAGAAGAGUGAGCUGACUUCGAUGCUGCUGGUACGAUACAAGGAUUCUCAAGAGAGAUGUGCGUUGGUUCUCGAUCAGAUUCUCGACCCAAAGCUUCAUCGAAUGUAUCAACAUCACCUCUCUAACGCUGCGUACUUUUUGGAGCGGUGUCCAGAAUAUGUGAAGAGAUUCAAACGAGGUCAACGACCAGUGUUCCCAUACAAGGAUAAUGUUGAAGUGGAGCAGGAGAAUCCAGAUGACACACUGGCAGAUUAUCAAGCGCAGAUUGAAGCGGAGCUAGUUCGAUUGAAAAUUUCUGACGGUCCCCCGCCGGCGCCAAUAGGCAGAAAAAGAUCGACUGACGAUGGCGUGAGAAGCUCAUCGUCCAGCGAGUUCUCUGUUUGUAAUAACAAGGAAUCUUCAAGCCAAUCUGGCGAAUCUGUUGAUUUGGAUGACCCAAAUGUGCCUGGAACGAGUGGCGGAGUCAAGAGCUCAUCACCAAGGAAGGGCCAAAAGAAGAAACGAAGUUGUAGAUCGUUAUCCUUCGAUCCAGGGAACACUGUCACUGACGCUGCAGUCUAUCACAUGCAAGAGCUCUCGAAGAAGAUUCUCUUCGAAGCUGGCGGAACUCAAAAUAAUUCCGUAUGGGGAGGACACAAUUUGGUUGGAACAAACAGACGUCUUCAUUUGUGUGCGAUCGCUAUUUCAAUAUACGCUCUUGGAAUGAGCAAUCGAAUAUCUCCAAGCUGGAAUACGCGAACAUAUAGUACGAUUUCGAGCUGGAUCACAACACAGAUAGACGACAUUGGUGCGAGUGUUCUCGAGAUGAUUCGCGAAAUUUGGAUGGCUCAUUUCACGCCAACCGAAAUAUGCCAAUGCUCCGAUAAGGUCGCACCAUCAUCGGAUCCUGCUAUGCGACAUGAAGCGGCUCGAUUGUCACUUUCCGUGCUUCCAUUCGCGCACGCUUUAACGGAUGACGAGGUGAUUCAUGCGCUGAAAAAGUGUCAGGCUGAUAGUAGGGAUAUGUCGAUCGCUGCGCUGUUGGCUAUGGAUACUCCGCAUUUCCGAGAGAUCGCAAGAUCUAGAUGUUUAUGGGAAGCUAUGCAGCACUGGCAUGAGUUGAGUUAUGCAGAAGAGAGGCAACAGCAGCAGCAACAAGCUUCAAUCCCUCCAGGAAUGGUACCAAAUCCAUUUGCGAACCCGGCGCUAAUCCAACAACAACAAAACAAUCAACAGCAACAACAACGACUUCGACCCACGCCACCGACCCGUAAUCAGUUCAACCCGCCACUUCAACAGGUUGCAUGGCUAUAUCCUCAAGUGUAUGUAUCCGACCAAAUCGCUGCUCUAGCCCCGACUAGUUACAGACACGAAGCAGCUUUUGCAAGAUUCCCGCAGAGCCGAUCGGCUCCUCAACUUGUCGCCAACGAGGACAAUGGACCGCCGCCAGCUCAGCCUCCGCAACAAGCUAACCAUCAGUUCAUGGUUCCACCGCCAGUUCAGGGCAACGCUCUUCUGAAUGCGUGGCAUUACGGAAUGCGAGCGAUGGAGUGUCUGAUUUCGUCGCCUGGAGAAGAUCGGCAGCUCUAUUUGAAGUUUACAAGAAGCCCACCCUAUUCGGAAGAAGUCUCAGCCCUGCACUAUCUUUCUCUGCAGCUCGGUACUGAAUAUCUCAGAAUGUUCUAUUUCCACGCAGCCAAAACCCUUCUUUCCCCUUAUGUUCUUCAUCAUUAUGCCAAGGAGAGUGUCAGCCAUUUCCCUCACAUCUCUCAAAUGUUCAUGCAGCAAAGCCAACGACCAAGCGGACCGGUUCCAUUGAUUCCUCAGAACUUCCCCUCAAAUUAUAACAACAACAGAAGCACUGCCAACGUUCGAUAUCCCAACGUGCGAUUCUGUAGCGCGGGAACUAUCACGAAUCAGAUGAUUCAAUGUGGAUAUCAAGAAGUUACUGGAGAGUUAUUCGAACGGUGCAUAGAGCAGUAUUUGCAAGCAAUCUGUAACAAAAUGAACAGCCCCCAUUCUAAUACUGUUAGCAGCAAUGAGUUCGAACUUCAACUCGUCGAUUUUGUGCGUGGCGCCUACGACGCCUUCCAGUGCAUUCCACACAUGGGACGUCAGAUGUUCGAAGAAUUCGUCCGCACUUUCAAACGACAAAAGUCCUAUAAAAAAGAGUGUCAACAGGCGCUUCAACCGCUUCUCCAUCAAUUGUGCAUAUCUAAUUAA